AUGUAUGACCUCCUCACUGUUCUCAUGAACUAUUUCAACACUGUUCUCAUGUAUGACCUCCUCACUGUUCUCAUGAACUAUUUCAUCACUGUUCUCAUGUAUGACCUCCUCACUGUUCUCAUGAACUAUUUCAUCACUGUUCUCAUGUAUGACCUCCUCACUGUUCUCAUGAACUAUUUCAUCACUGUUCUCAUGUAUGACCUCCUCACUGUUCUCAUGAACUAUUUCAUCACUGUUCUCAUGUAUGACCUCCUCACUGUUCUCAUGAACUAUUCAUCACUGUUCUCAUGUAUGACCUCCUCACUGUUCUCGUGA